CUCUAUGCAGGUUUAAUAGAAAUCUAUAGAAAGACUUAGACGCACCUUCAACCCAAAAUUACUCGACAUUCUCGUCGUCCUGAAGGAAGCUGCAGAUCACUUCAACUCUCUCGAAUAAACGAUCAUUUAGAAAAUACUAUGCCACGCAACUCUCGCUCAUCAGGAAGGUCAUCUGCUAGCUCACAACCAAGGACAAGCUCUUUCGGUAACCAGCAAACUAGACAAGCCCAUACAGCUGCUCCAGCAUAUGGUCAGCAGCGUUCAGCAUACGCUCAGCAACAAGCUCAGCCACAGCAAGCUCCAGCUGCUCAGCCAGCAGCCACUGGUGCCGGUGGUUCUUUCUUAGGUAACGUAGCAUCCACUGCAGCAGGUGUUGCCGCCGGACAUGGUCUUAGUAAUAUGCUUUUCGGUGGCUCUAGCAGCCACCAAGCCCCAGUAGAGCAACCGCCUGCACCUGUACAGCAGCAAUCCGCUGAACAAAAACCUGUUUGUGAAACACAGGCUAAGGACUUCGUGACGUGCUUAAAUGCGACGGGCGACGUCAACAGCUGCUCAGCGUUACUUGAAAUGCUCAAGUCAUGUCAAGCUGCUGCUGCACCAUACUAGAUAACCAAUCAUCAGGAAUAGAGAAUAUAGUAUAUUAUACAUUAGUACUCCCCAUUCAUCGUUAUUUAUGACAGUUACUCGCUUGUAUCUUGCUAUUUCCGUCAAAGUGAUAUUUCGUAAAAA